CCUGGCCGGUACACAAGAACAGAAACUAAGCAAUGCAUUGACAUUGGGUGAGUGUCGUCACAGUAAACUGUAGCGUUUAUGGUCCAGACUACACAACAUUACACCAGUAACUUCAAUUCCCUAAAAUGUUCAGACGAACUUCUUCCAGAUUCUUUGUAACUGUGACGCACGUAUAGCUAACAGAGCUCCGCGUUGAGAUUAGAGUUGCAACGAUCCGUUGAGGAAGCUGCACUUGCACAUACUCCUACUAUAUAAUAAACCGACCCUGUCUGCACCGGAUGGCGCGAAAAGUGAUCUUCAUGCCUUGAGGUUGAAUCAUCGGUCGGCAGAUGUUAAAUAAUCGCGUCAACACGCCGCCCAGGGCAGAAACUGCAGCAGCAGCGACUCUACUGUCUCUGCUCUGCUUUUGCUCUGCCAUCUCUUCCUCUGCCGGCUCCAGCGGCAUGUCGGGCUCGAUAAUUCUCCUUGCUGUUGACCAGUCCGGCAAAGGCGACCACAGGAGGAUCCAGGACGCGGACAAUGCCGCCCCGGCGAACAACUCUGCCGGCACCGUCAUACGGAUCAAGCCGGGGGUUUACAGGGAGAAGGUCAUGGUGGACAAGCCCUACAUAACACUGGCCGGAACGAGCGCCAACACGACCGUCAUCACCCGGAAUGACGCCUGGGUCUCCGACGACUCCCCGACCGUCUCCGUGCUGGCCUCCGACUUCGUCGCCAAGCGCUUAACGUUUCAGAACACGUCCGGGAGCAGCGCGGCGGCGGUCGCGAUGAGGGUCGCAGGGGACAGAGCGGCGUUCUACGGGUGCAGUUUCCUGUCGUUCCAGGACACGCUCCUGGACGACACGGGCCGCCAUUACUACCGCGGGUGCUACGUAGAAGGAGGAACUGACUUCGUCUUCGGAAACGGCAAGGCUCUUUUUGAUAAAUGCCACCUGCACUUGACCUCGCGCAUAGGCGGCGCGUUCACGGCGCAGCAGCGGGCGUCGGAGUCAGAGGACACGGGGUUCAGCUUCGUCGGCUGCAAGCUGACCGGCGUCGGGGUCAGGACGUCCAUCUUGGGACGCCCAUGGGGCCCGUACUCGCGUGUCGUCUUCGGUCUCAGUUACAUGUCCAGCACGGUGAGCCCCCAAGGAUGGGACGACUGGGGCGACCACCACAGGCAGAGGACGGCAUUCUAUGGGCAGUACCAAUGUUACGGCCAAGGAUCGAAAACUGAUGACAGAGUUCGUGGUCUCGCGAGCUCUCGCAAGCUGAAGCGGCACCUUUCAUCACCAAGGCUUGGGUUGGAGGACAACAAUGGCUUCGGUAGAAAAUAGUUGCUCGUUAGUGGUAGUGACGCGCGAUUUGUACCAUUGUUUAUCCGUCUCAAAAAAACAAUUUGUACUGUUGUGCUUUCAAAGACGUUAGAAAUGUAGUACGAUUCUAUCAAGAAAAGAAAAGGUGAGAGAUGAUA